GCGGAAAAGUGAUUACACAUUCUCUUAUGGACCUGGCCGCUCUCAGACUUCUCUCUGCUUGUGUCGACAAAAUGACAGCGGUUGUAUGACGACGCUUGGCUGGCUGGCUACGCCGUUGCCUGUCCGCGCAAGGACAACAACACGACGGAAACACACGGGUGAACGUUUCGUCACGUAGCCGAGUAAGUGUGUCGAGUGCGCGAGACUUGACAUCAUCGUCGUCGGUGCCGCGCCCCCGUGCGAUGCGCACGACGGCACUGUGAAGUGAAAGUGACACAUUGGGUGUAGCAGUGGUGGAUAGGGUUUGAUGGUGGAAGUUAGGUCCUGGAGAAAGACAGGGAAGGCGGAGUCACCGACGAGGAGAGUACCGUGUUGCCCGCCGCGCGUCCGCGUUCGCUGGCAUGAGCGUGUUCGGGGACUUUCAGCGUGUCUGGGUGCAGCGAUUCCCGGACAGCGCCUUGCCGGCCGCCUGGGAGGAGGACGUUCGCGCGAACCUUGUUAGGCACAAGCAAAAGGUAACGGCUUUAAGAGAGGAACUUGAAAAGGAAGAGUUUUACGUCGAGUAUUUGGAAAGAUUACUCGCCGAUGUUGAGCGACACAAGCAGCUGGCAAACAACACCAAUGCAAGCAGCGCGAACACAUCUGACAUUCAACAACAACAGCAACAAACGGGAUCGCAGUUGCAACAGGAUGGCACGCAAGUGUCGUCGGAAAACAAUCUGGUUGAUUCUUCAAACUCGCAAAAUUAUCAGAAUCUCAAACCGACAGCUCCCACCCUGACGGAACGUGAGGACAUCAGCAAAUUUCAAGACAAGUGCGUGUCGGAAUUGAGUUCAACUCUCGGCACGGCCAGCAAGAGGCCGAAGAGCGAGAUACCGAAAAGUCCCGAGAAAGUGCCUGAACUUAGGAGAAACAGUGAUCCGGAUGUGCCAAGUAAUUAUGUCACGGUAAUCGAAGUUACCGGGAGCUCAAAGAAAGACAAGAACGAGGAAUCUCUCAAGGAAGAAGACGAGAAAGACAUAGAAAAAGCAGGCACCGAAGACAGCGAGGAAGGUGAUGCGGAAGCGUCCGAGGAAGAACCUUAUUACGAUUCGGUGGCCUUGGAUCAAACAGGAGAAUAUGUGUACAUAGACGCGCGUGUUCCCGCUGUCAAUAGCAGCAAUGGUAGCAAAGCCGCGGUUCGAAGACCACCCUCAUUGCCAGACUCGCCGGGCAAUCAGAGUAAUUAUGUCAACAUCGAUUAUUUUAUACAACACAGAGCAGCGAUGGAUAGCGAAGACGAAGAAGGUGCCAGUCCGGCGCCGCCGAUCUUGCUGCGGGCUCUCAGCACGGACAACGAAACCGGCAGCAGUGACGCCGAACCGUUGAGUUUGAGCGAGGGUAGUUUGGAGUCACCGACCCCGACGACGCCUCGCAGACAAGAAAAGAGCAAAGACCGCGAGGAUGACAGAACGUCGAUGGUCAAGUGUAUUGUAAAUUCAGUAGUCGAGAGCGAGGCUGUAUAUGUAGAGUGUUUAACUGUGAUGUUACAAUAUAUGAAAGCUAUUAGGGCAACUUUGACGACGUCUCAACCGGUCAUUUCGGAAGAGGAAUUUGGGACGAUGUUUUACAAGAUUCCGGAACUUCAUGCUCUUCAUCAGACGUUUCUGGACGAUCUGCGGAAGAAAGCGGAAAAGUGGGACAACAAGACCACUAUAGGAGAACAAUUUAAGAUUAUGGCCAGUAAUAUAGGAUUAUACGGUGCGUUUUUGCACAAUUAUGCUCGCGCGACCGAUACCGUGCGGCGAUGUUCCGCCCAUUCUACUCAAUUCGGAGAGAUAACUAGAGACAUAAGACUCCGGGGUUUUCCAAAGGGUCCGGGUUUGUCGCUGGAGGAUCUGUUGCACAAGCCAGUUGCCCGAGUACAAAAGAACGCUCUGGUUUUACACGAUCUUCUCAAACACACGCCAGUCAAUCAUGCGGAUCACGCGCCUCUCUCGGAAGCACUGGCUAUGACCAGGAACUUCUUAGACGAAUUCAAUAUCAUUCAGACGAAAUCCAUGUUUCCGAGUCACGACAGAGCUCAACGAAGAUUGGUGAAGAAUUCGUUCGUGGUCGAGCUCUCUGACGGUCACAGAAAGUUGCGACACCUAUUUCUUUUUAACGACGUGAUCGCAUGCGCGAAGUAUAAAGCAUCCGGGAGGGACAAGUUCACGUUCGAGUUGAAGUGGUACGUGCCGAUAGCGGAAGCCGCUGUCACCGAAGAUGGUAUAGAGCCGCGCGAGGCUAGCCCCGCCAAUGUGGUAGCUUUAAGGUCACAAGCGUGUACAGUUCGCGAUCAGAUAUUAUGGGAGGAGAGGAACGAGGAGAAACGAAUCCGAUUGGGUGGCAGAGGCUCGGAGAAGAAUCGUAAGAAGCUCGCCGAGCUUGAGGCCCAACUGGUAUUAGCUUCGCCGAACUUGGUCCUGCGUGUCGCGCACAAGAAUCAGCAGAAUCGCGUACAGAAUUCCUACACCUUCUUUCUUUCCAGUGAGUUUGAGCGUUCUCAAUGGGUGGAAGCGGUGGAAGCGUUACAGCAGGGUGGACAACCUCCGGGACAGUUACCUUUGACAAUGUACGAAUUGCAAGCCUGGGUUACUGCUUGUCGGACUUAUCUACAAACUGAUAUGGGCAGCUACCUAUUAAGAUCGGGACGCGAUGAGAGCUUGUUAUUGGGUGAUCUUCAUUUGACACUGCUCGGACUUACUCCGCCAGGCUUAGACAGGGUUGGCGAUCUCUAUAUUAUUGUAGAAGUCGACAGCUAUGGACACUAUUUUAAGAGGGCGCGGAGUCGUGUUGUCAGAGGUCAAGCUCCAUUGUGGGGUGAAACUUUUGUGGUUGAGUUAGAAGGGAGUCAGAACGUCAGGAUUCUGCUAUAUGAAGAGUGCGGUACGCGCUCAGUACUACGAGGCAAGUGUAUCCAACGGUUGAGCAGAUCUUGGCUGCAAUCCGACCAAGUGGAGAGAUCUCUGAACUUGGGACCUGCAACGUUGGACGUGGCGUUGCGAUUUGUUCCGAGUGAAGUCACUCUGAGGCGAGUACCCUCGGCCAAACCGCAGGGCUUAUUCGGCGCCAAAAUUCAACAAGUGUGCAAACGAGAGAAACGCGAUGUGCCUUUUAUAAUCACGGCAUGUGUGCGAGAGGUAGAGAGACGGGGCGUCGGCGAGGUAGGCUUGUAUCGUGUUUCCGGUUCGGCGUCUGACGUGGCGAAACUGCGCAAAUCGUUCGAGAGCAAUUCGUACGAAGCGGAACAGCUUCUCAAAGAGGUGGACGUGCAUUCGGUGACGGGCGUGCUGAAGCUGUACUUGCGUGAGAUGCCAGAAGCGUUGUUUACAGACGCUCUCUAUCCGUCGUUCCUGGAAGCCUUUCAGACGGGCGAUUUGUCACGAGGUGCCUCUCUGCGCCGUGUUUACGAGAGUUUGCCCGCCGUCAACAAAGCGGUGAUCGAUUUUCUGCUGGCGCAUCUAGCACGCGUUAACAAACACGAGGCACAAAACAAAAUGUCACUGCACAACCUGGCCACGGUGUUCGGUCCUACGUUGCUGCGACCGGGCACCAGCAACUCGCGCAGCGACGCCAAAAGCCGCGAUCCACUCGCUGCCGGCACUGUCGACGUAAUGGCCCAAGCCGGCAUACUCUACUGCUUCCUGCAGUUACACAUGCAACAACAGAACAAUCAAUCGCUCUAGUCCCCUGUUCCUGAAUGUGAUUAACGUUGCCGUUAAUGCUCGAUUUCGCAGUCGGUAGACAAGCGGCAACAAAAACGCGGCAACUUCCUCCCUCAAAUUCCAAAAAAAACAAUAUGGUAGUGUCUGAAGGAUAAUUCGAUUAAAUAACGUAUAGAUUUAAUAACAAAGUAAGUAAAAAAAUAUAUAUUAUUUUUCCUGAGUUGUUUUUUUAAAUUCGUUUAUGCGAUGAGAUUUUCUCAAUCGCCAUAACGGAUAAUAAUUAUUAUCAGUAUUACGUUAUCAGUUGACAAAUCUAGACAAAUACACAAAUCCUUUAAAAACGUUUUUUUUGUGCAACUGAAGUUUUUUUAAACAGUGAUGAGAAGCGCAUAAUAUUUUUAAAAUGUUGAACAAAUGAUACUUUUAAUUGUGUUGAUCAAUUACGAUUUUAAUUAAUUUGAGAGAAAUUAGUCGCUAAUGUGUCCGUCUUUCAGACCUAUCUAUCCGAUCUCUUUCGUAUAUUCGUACGAACUGGCACGGUAAUCAAUUUCUCUUUUCUAAUACACAUUAGUUUUCACGCGACGUAUAAACUUUUCGCAAUGCUGAGCUUGAAAAUAUAUUACGCGAAUAGACCGGCUUUGAUAAUAAAAAAAAAAAAUAAAUAAAAAGUCCUCCGUACAAGGUUGGAACUUCCUUUGUAUUCGUGCAAAGCAACAUAGCGAAGCUACUCUUAUAGAAAACAUAUAUAAAACGUAAUAACGAUAAUAUAUAUAUAUACAUAUAUCUUUUUACUUUUGAAGUCAUAAUAUAUUUUCUACUCUGUAUUGUCCGUGCGCGAAGACGUGGCUGUUUGUCGCGCAAACAAAUCGACCGACGAGAUUUCCGCGAAGAACGAAGACAAGAUGAGAUGCGUGUGAAGAGAUACAGAAAUUUCAGGUGCGAAAUUGGCCAAAGAGAAUUUUUAACGUAGAUUAUAGAACCAAAGGAAAAGUGAAUUAAAGUUGACGAAAAGAGAAUUUUUAUAUUUAUUAUAACGUUAUGCGCUAUAAAGAGAAUAUCUUAAAAACUUCUUAAAAAAAGAAAAAAAAAAGAGGAAGGAUUUUCUCUCAUAUUAGAUUCUCUCUCAGAAAAAAAAAUAAAUUUUUUACAAAUUGAAAAGAAGUAAAAAUAAAACGCGUGUGUGAUAUGUAUGUGUAUAUAUAUUAUAAUAUAUAUGUAAACAAAUUGAAAUUAAAAUUCGAAAAGCCUGAAAUUUAUGUACUCGAUAAUGCAAUCUGGCCGCGUGUGCUCUAGGAAAUAAGUAACUUUUUCACGUGACGUGUGUUCCUAGCAGAGAAUCUAAAUCUUUUUAUACAAGCUCUUUUUUGUACAUUCGUUGCACAACGUGCAACUUUAUCAUCUUAUUACAAGUUAUAUAUACACGAUAUAACUCUUGUAUACUUGAAAAAAAAAAAAAAAAA